UUACUAUGGACACGAUGAACUUCAAGAUCCAGUGCAUCUUAGUGUUCUUCACUUUCUGCAUGCAAGAGGGAUUAUCAAAGGAUUAUGAAGCAAACCUUGGAGCAGAUUCUCUUUUACAGAGAGUCAGACGUCAAAGCAAACCAGCAAAGGCAGUGCUGAGGGUGACGGACUACCACGUGAGGUGUUCCGUGGUGUCCCGCUACGCCAUUACCACCGUCCAGAGUUCGGUGUGGAACCAGCUGCCCAUCACCAAGGAGGCUGCCUUUGAGGUGGACCUUCCCUCCUCUGCUUUCAUCUCCAACUUCACCAUCACCUCCAACGGCAAAGUGUACAUGGCCCAGGUGAAGGAAAGAGCCGCUGCCAGGAAAAUGUACGAUGCCGCAAAGAAGCAAGGAAAAGCAGCUGGACUUGUUGCUACCAAAGAAAGGGAGAUUGAAAGGUUUCGCGUGGCCGUAAGCGUGCCGCCAGGAGCCCUGAUGUCCUUCUCCCUGUCCUACGAAGAGCUGCUGCCUCGGCGACUCGGCCGCUAUGAGCUCAGUUUGGGUUUGAGGCCCGGGCAGCCCGUGCAGAACCUCACGUUAGAGGUCAGCAUAACGGAGCGGACGGGCAUCAGUUUCAUCAAGGCCUUUCCUCUCAAGACCAGCCGGCUGAUCUCCAACACGGCUCACGGUGACGCGGACCCGCCGGCCUCCACUCAUGUUGAGCACAGCGCUGGCUGUGCUCGGGUUCGCUACAGUCCCACUCUACAGCAGCAGAACAGCAUCUCCCCCAAAGGUCUUAACGCAGACUUCAUCAUCCAGUAUGACGUGGACCUCAGAGACGUCCUGGGCGAAGUCCAGGUGUAUGAUGGCUACUUUGUGCAUUACUUUGCACCCAGAGGGCUUCCUGUGGUUCCAAAGGACGUUAUAUUUGUCAUUGAUGUCAGUGGCUCAAUGAUAGGAACGAAAAUAAAACAGACCAAGCAGGCAAUGAGCAUCAUUCUCGGGGACCUUAGAGAGGGAGACCACUUUAAUAUCAUCACCUUCUCAGACAAGGUUCACACCUGGAAGAAAGGACGAACAGUCCGGGCGACUCGGCAGAAUGUUCGCGACGCCAAAGACUUUGUGAAGAGGAUUAUCGCAGAGGGAUGGACCAACAUCAACGCAGCUCUGCUGUCGGCCGCCCUGCUCGUCAACCCGCCAUCCUCCGCCUCUCCCCAACACCUUUCAUCCCCUCGUGUGCCUCUGGUGAUUUUCCUCACCGAUGGGGAGGCAACCAUUGGGGUAACAGCUGGCGACACCAUCCUUAGCAAUGCCAAGAAAGCUUUGGGCUCGUCCUCUCUGUUCGGCCUGGCCUUUGGAGACGAUGCGGACUUCCUCCUCCUGAAACGCCUGGCGCUGGAUAACCGCGGCGUGGCGAGAAUGGUGUACGAGGACGCCGACGCAGCCCUGCAGCUGAAGGGUUUCUUUGACGAAGUAGCCAGCCCUUUGCUGUCGGACAUCCAGCUGUCGUAUCUGGACGAUCAGGCGUUCGACAUCACCCACGCCCUGUUCCCAAAUUACUUCCAAGGCUCAGAGCUGGUGGUGGCCGGGAGGGUCAAACCAGGGGUCAAGGACUUGAGGGUGUCGAUGUCUGCCACUGAUGUGAAGCAGCGUGUCAACUUGGAGAACGAUGUGUUGAUUUCUCACGCCAGGAGGAACGGGAGCGCAGAAUCACUCGAUUGUCCGGGAGGCUUGGAAGGAACAUCCAGUUUUGUGCGGCGUCUCUGGGCAUAUUUCACCAUCAAAGAGCUGCUAUUGGCCAAACUCAAUGCUACCGACCCCGCGACUCAAAAGUUACUGGCAGACAAGGCCACCAACCUGUCCCUCAAGUAUAACUUCGUCACACCAUUCACGUCUUUAGUUGUAGUUAAGCCAGACGCAGAAACUCCAACCACCACAAAGCCCACCGCCGCAGCAGCUCCAACCACGACGGGGGCGACUACUGCCACCAACAGAAUAUUAGCUGCUGGGCAGUCGAAGGCGUCCGUUUUAGCUAAUAACCCCAACUCUGGGAAAAACAAAGCUCCUCAGCCACCUACAAAGCGGACUAAAAACAUCUCAGGCCCAACGUCCACAGCAAAGACGGCACCGUCCAGGAAAACCACAACUUCAAGUCCCGGCUCUGUCAAAACAGCACCAGCUCCAUUCUCGGGUAAAAAGCCCACUCCUUCCCACAAUGAAUCCAGAACCGUCCCUCCUGCUCCUCCUCCUCCUCCUCCCCACCCUCCCGUCGGUAAGACACCGACCUCUCUGCUGAAAGCUCUCAAAACGGCGCCACCCCCUGCGCCUGGAAAGGUCUCCACCCAGCAGCCCAAGGCCCUCAAAACAACCACGCCCAGCGCAGCGAUAGCGUUCACCACCAGCACCGCGCCUGCCCUCAGCUGGUUCGGAACCGACCCAGCACCGCUGCCCGGGAAACUUCUCCCCCCUCGGCACGGUGCGGCAGCGAGGACUGACCCGCCUCCCCUCGGAGCGAGCGCGCCCUCCGCCGCGGAGGCAGCAAACACUCCCACAGCUGCUCCAGAUGUGGGGGGGGUCACCACCGCUGUGCACGAGCUGUCGUCUCCGCUCACCUCCCCCGCGCCGGCUCCAGCUCCAGCUGCGGAUGGCAACAGCAGCGACGUGAGCAUCGCAACCUUGGUGUCGGCCACCUUCGCCCCUAUGCCCGGCGUGACGGACGGGCCGCGGCUGUGGGAAGCAGCCGGGCUUCUGGAUGUCUCUACUUUCAUUCAGAGAAAAGAUUUCGACCUUGUGAAGGACUAUGAUGCAACCUAUGACUACGACUACGAUCUCAACUAUGAUGGCUGGGAUGAUACUGCAGACUCAUCAUUUGAUAGUUCUCCCUCCGGAUUGAGCACCAUCCGGGUCUUCUCCUCAUCAGUUGAUGGAGAUCCUCAUUUUGUGGUCCAGCUACCUAAGCUGCAUCAGAACUUGUGCUUCACAGUAGACGGCAGAGCGAACGACGUUCUUAGACUGAUCGAGGAACCAGAGAGAGGCAUCAUCGUUGACGGCCACCUGAUGGGAGCCCCCCCAAAGCACGGUGCGGAAUCACGCCCCCGAACUUACUUCGACCGGCUAACCGUUUCUUCAGCCACGGGGGGCUCCGGUGACAUCACCAUCAGCCUCUCACUGGACGCUGUGGUGGUGGAAGGGGAAGGGCGGGACAUUCUUCCCGUCAAUCAGCGAGGGUCCGUGGCCAGGCAGGGAGUGACGGUCGCCGUGGACAACCACCGGAGCUGCUGGAUCGAGCUGAGCAAGGGUGUGAGGUUCCUGGUUAUGUUCCACCAGUACGAUCACCCCAGCUACCUGCAGAUGGCUCACCUGGGUUUCUACAUCACAGACGGACGGGGGUUGUCUGCUUCAACCCAAGGCCUGCUGGGCCAGUUUCAGCACGCUGACAUUAGCGUAGCGGCGGUGAAAGAUUAUCUUGGUGGGGGCGCGCACAAUGAGGCCAUUUCCGCUAGGGGACUCCUGCGGUGGGGAUCACAGCAAAUGCCGGUCACCUUGCAGGACAAGACGCUGAAAGACACGCUGCGGAAACACCACAUGGGCAAGUGUUGGGUGGUGCCCAAGGCGGAGGUGGAGAGACUACUGGGACAUCCAUACAAGAGCUACGUGGUGGAUCAUGUGUAAUUCUACCUGGGCCCGCUCCGCCCUUGUCGCCUCUCGGCUGCACGGCUCAGGUCACAGCAGUUGUCACGGCAUGCUUAGUGGACAGGGGAUGAGCAGGAAUUGGGGCUCCGUGAGGCAAACAAUGACAACGGCGCCUCACACAUUCUCUAAUAUUGUGUUAGGAGCAAUGCAACAGGUGUGGUUACAAAGGAGCAACACAGGGAAUAACAUUUUAGUAGUACUAGUGAGGAAGUGUGGUUGCACAAAUAUAAUGAAGGACUCAAUGAUUGCGCAUUAGGGGAUUUAGUUUGGAUUCAGAUGCUGCGUUCUGUAUCUAUGACAGUGGUUGCUUGGCAACCACAAAAUGUCCAUUUGUGCCGCAGCAGUUUGUUCCACCUCCAAAAUGUCUUACUCACGGACUCGGUUUAAGACUUCAGCAAGAUUUUUAUUAGAUUAUUCUCAUAUUUCAUCUUGAAAUGAUUAUCAAGCAAAGACUUGUAAUUAUUAAAACUGUAUUUUUGGGGUAAGUUGUAUUGUGUAUAUGAAAUAUUAUUGUAUGUACAUGUACUCAUCCCACAAAUCAAAUCGUCAAGAGGAUACAAACAAAAUCAGGGCUUUUCCAGUUUUGCCAUGUGCUUUUUAUUUUUCUAUCAUUUCAUUCAUAGUUUAAUUCAUUUUAUUUGUUACACAAGACAUUAGGCAUUGCUCACAAACUAGUGAUCAAACAAGGACAGUAAGUUUUCUACUACUUAGCCUGAACUAUUUCUUUUGUCAAUUUCAAGGGAUAUUGUCAAUAGUGGUUUCCAAAUAUGCCAAACUGGAUGAAAAUUAAAACAGUACAACCACA